ACCGCCGACAACCUGUUCCGCAGCGGCGCGUACCGUGUACGGGUAACCGGGGGACGUGGCUGUGCGAGUGCGUUAGACCUUAUUGUCGUCGGCCCGUCGACCGUGGUCCGUGGUUCGAUCGCUUGACGCUUCUGUCGUCGUACAGUGUAAGCAGUACGCGGUACGCACAACGAACCCGAUUCGCCGCGGUAGUGUCCCGUACAACGUGCCACUGUGCGUCUGUGCCAGCGUACGCCGCUCAGAACGUCAUCGCGACGACGGCCACCGCGCGCGCCAUUGCGAUAGCGGAACUAUCGUGCCUGAAAACCGGCAAAACGUUAUUUUCAAGCACGACUAUCGUCUUCUCUCGUUGUUUUAAAUCCAAAUCAAAUACUAGGCGGUGUCGUUGUCGUUGUUGUUGUUGUUGUUGUGGGUGAACGAAUACAAAAAUAAUUUAAAUCCGUCGUCGGUCACCGCACAGUGUCCGCUAGAGUGCGUGUAAUAUAAUUCCUUUGUUUACCUGUUCGCUAUCCCCUGCCUACCCUGCAGGCCGGAGCCCUCAGCAGCUGAUCACCCCGGAGUUUGUAUCAAUAUUUUGCUAAUACCUAUUAAUAAUAUUCAAAAAUAUAAUAAUUUAAAACGUCGAAGCACGCACAAACGCACGCACAUCGACUGCGGCGUACGAUUAACGGCCGUGAUCUCCUCCUACCUCCACGGUCCGUCUACUCGCCGUGAGACGUAGAGGCAGUCAGACAGCUCGAACUCGACGUCGGUCCGACAUGUGUCCGCGAGUGUAACGACCGACGGGGGGAUACCCGCGAGUAUUUUACCGUAGCGCGUGCUUCUGUCGUGUUCGUCGGCCGCGAUGUCCGUCGGCAGCCCGUGGGUGGUGUGCGUGGCCCUGCUGUUGCAGUUCGCCGCGCGGUCCGAGGGCAACUGGCUUAAAAACUUUGCCAAGCCAAAGCCGCAGCUCAGGCUCAUGGAAGGUGUCACCGAACAUUUGCACAAUGUUAUGCCGUACGAACAGGUGCAGUUCAGCAGCCCGAACGUGUCCACCGCGUACGUCAGUUCCACCAAGUUCCAAGCGGCCGGCAUGGGACAUUUGUACUUCAUCACCAACAAGUUUAUCCAGUACAUUCUGAACGACCAGGCUUUCCCCGAAGGAUUCAUUGAUGUGGAAGGUGAUAAUACAAUUCAAAUAGAUUAUUUGUCUCAUGAAUGGCCGAUAUUGGUAAGUCAUUAUUGGGCAAGUGCUACCGUGUUAGUUGCUGGAUUAGUGUUUGCUGUUUUAAUGCCACUUAUUGGACUGACGUUAUGCUGUUGUCGUUGUACUGGAGGUUGUGGCUCUCGGUCUCAACCUUUUGACGCCAAAUACGAUUCUUGCAAGAGACAGUUUUAUGGCAUAAUACUAGCUGGACUUACUAUACUAAUAUCAUUUGGCGUUGUUUGUACAUUUGUGAGUAAUGAAUAUUUGGAAGACGGUGUUAAAGAGUUACCAUUAAAUGUUAAGAAAUCUUUAAAUGAUACCAGACUGUUUAUAAAUAAUACAAAAAAAGAAGUUGAUAAUCUAUUAGUUGUAAACUUUGAUGAGUUGGAAGAAACAUUAUCAAAUAUAUUAGAAGCUAGUGGUGAAAUUGUUAAAAAAAAACUUGGCGAAGUUUCUAAAGCAUCAGUUUUGUCUAAUUUAACUGCUGUUGUAAAUGGACUGGGGCUCAUCAAACAAGAUCUUUCUAACGUAGAUUCAUUGACUCGUCAAUUACAAGAAACAGCUCUGCAAUUAGAUGCUGCUUUAAAGGAAUGCCGAUCAAUAAUAAUGAAGAAAUUGGAGUCUUGUCGAUUUGAACGUACUUGUCGUGAUAUUUUAAAUCGAUUCAAUAUCCAAGAUCUUUCUUUAGAAGCAAAUUUUAGUCAGAUAUUAGACAAUGAUCUCCCAAAGUUGCCAAAUGUAACAGCUACCUUGAAGAAUAUAUCUGAUUUUAUCACUGCUGAUAUUGAAGAAGAGGUAAUGAAGGGUCAGCAACAAUUUGAAAAAGUGAAAACUAUAAUACAGAAUGCAGUUAAUGAUAAUAUACCAGAAAUAAAACUAAAUAUUCGAAAAGUAGGAAAUGCUAUCAAAGAAAAUUGUGUUAAAGUGGAUAGAAUUUUAGAUCGUGUAGAUUCUACUAUUGCUAACUCAUAUUCCCCGACAGAACAAGGAGAAGGCCUAUUAAAAGAAUUUUCACCUUAUCGGUAUUAUGUUUGUUUGGGUGUAGCAAUUACACUGUUUUUAAUUUUGAUUUGUCUAACUCUUGGAUUAUUCUGUGGAUUUUGUGGUAGUCGACCAGAAGGUGGAUAUCGUGAUGAUGAUUGUUGCAAUAAAGGAACAGGUGCUUCAUAUUUGAUGAUGGCUGUAUGGUUAAUGUUUUUAUCAUCAGCAUUCUUGAUGAUCAUCGCUUUGUUUUAUUUUGUUACUGGUGUCACUACAGAUCGUAUUGUAUGUGAACCAUUGCAAAACCCUACACCUUCAAGGGUUUUGAACAUAGUAAAUCGUUUGUAUGAUGUAUCUGCUAUUCAUAAAUUAGAUAAUCAACAACAACCUUAUUUAAAACCAACUCCAGUCAAUACUGAUUUUAAUAUUAGUUCUAUUAUUCGAGAUUGCCAUCGUAACAUGAGUUUAUUCCAAGUUUUAAAAAUGGAGAGACUUAUUGAUCUUAACAAAGUUUUAGAAUAUCCCAAUUCUUUUGGUAUUGAUGAACAUAUUGAUCAAUUAGUAUCAAAAAUAAAAUUAGAAGGAGAAAUAGUAAUCUUAACUCCUGAGGCAGAGAAACAGUUGAUAAAAUUAUCUAAAUCACCUUUAUCCAGUAUUAAUUUUCCAGCAUAUACUCAUGUUCUUGGUGAAAAAAUAACAUCAAUUGAUUUGAUCCAACUUGCUGAUGCAUUAAAUCAAACAGCAUCUCAAUUACCAAUGUCAAAAUCAGAAGUUAAAUUUUCAUUAACAAAUCAAGCUAUGUACUUAAAGGUACAUCAGGGACAACAAGUAGCAUUGAUGUUAGAUAUAAGUCAACGGUUAGAAUCCACUGCUAAUCAGCUUCAAGAACAUUUACGUUUUAAUCAUUCUUCAUUGCGCCAUGCUGUUGAACAUCUUCUAAUUGAGGUUGAACAAGCUCAAAAAUAUUUAUACAAUGAAGGGCCAACAAUAGUGACCAAACUGGCAAAAGAAUUUGGAGAAGAAUUUAACAAACACAUAGAUCAGUAUUUACAAAGAAUUGUAAACCAAAUUAGAGAAGAUGUUGGUAAAUGCUGGCCUAUGUCACAAGCUUACAACGCCUCAAUUGUUGCUGGAUGCCAAAAAAUACUUAAUCCUUAUAAUGGUUUUUGGAUGAGUGUUGGUAUUUGUUCAAUACUUUUCAUGCCCAUUAUAAUUCUUUGUGUGAAAUUGGCUUCUCUCUACCAAAAAUCUGAUCCCUAUCCAGGUCCAUUAGUUGAAGCAGAAUACUUGUAUGAUGCAUAUACAGACCGUGAGAAUAUUCCAUUAGCAAGUUCAAACAACAAGAAAAAAAAUGUACGGAAUAAACCUCGUAAAAAAGUGACAACUGCUCCAUGUGGAAAUAGAUCAUCAAGUAUUCCUAUUGGCUAUGAGAAUAUGUCCAACCCAGAAAUUGCUGUUAAUACAUCAGUUAAUGAAAGUCGCCAUCCUGGACAUGGUGGUUCAGUUGAUUAUAGUGCACAUCUUGGACGAGCAAAUAUAGUAGUACCUACUACAAGCCCUUCAGGUGGCAUACCUGAAGCACCAAAGCCUACCUGGGACUUCCCAAAUGGUGGACCACCUCAUUAUCAAAAUCCGAUCUCAUCUGAGUAUGAACGCCCUCCGCCAUAUUACUAUCCUGGCCCUUCUGGACCACCAGGAGCUCCACCUGAAUCUCAGUCGUCAUAAACUCAUCAAUUAUACAAAACUUAAUCCAUUAUAAUAAUGACCUUUCAAAUUGAGAACUGACUACAACUGAAGAGUUGUGACCCUAUUUUUGUUUAAUGUUAUAUUUAAAAUUCAUAUCUGACUUUUGAACAUUGAUUCCAAAUGUAUUAAUCUAGUUGAUUGCUCUCUUUAUCAUUAAAAUAAGAUUUUUUUGUUGAAUACAAUUAUAUAUAUAUUAAAAUUAAAACACAUUUACUUUUGCCAUUGCGCUCAAAGAAACAAUAACACAUAUAAAUUGUAUCAUUCCUUCAUAAUAUCUACUGCCUUAUUUAUUCAUUGUGAUCAAUUAUUUUUUUUAUGUUUAAUAAAUAAUUUUUUUAUUUUCAGUUAUUCUAAGUUAUAAAGUAGUUUGAAAUUGUUAAAGACUAGAUAAUAGCUUAUAAAUACAUUAUUAUGUUUCAAUUAGCUUCAUAAAAUUCCUUGUAAAUAGAAUAACAUAUUUAGCAAUUUCUUAUUAUUUUUUUGUAAAUAUUUUAAAUUACUAUUUUAAUUAUUUAAUCGAUAAAAUUAAGAAAAAAUAGAUUUAUUACGAUUAAUUUUAAAGAAUAAUGUUCAGUUUAAAUCUGAACACUAUUUUUGGUUACAAAAAUCGUUAAUUAUAUUAUAUUUUUUUUAUUAUUUUUGUGGCAAUAUAAUGUUAAACUAGUCAUUGUGUGACAGAUAAACAUCAGAUUAUGACGUAGACUGUAUAGAUCUUACAAAUGAGAACUGCUAUUAUUUGUCAUCAAACGUUUUUAACUUUAAAGAAUAAAUAUUACUAUAGUAAAUUGUACAAUAUUCAA